UUUUCAUCAACGGUGAAAGCCGGCCAGACUACUGGGAUGUUGUGGGCAUAUACGAGGCAACGUCUGCAAGAUUGUGGGAUGGGUUGCAGUAGAGCGUUGACGGGGCGUCGUAGUAGGGUCCGUCUGGCUGGGAUAGACCUUUGCAAGUACGAGGGGGCUUCGCAGUAUGAUUUACGUGGAGCGAUACAGGUACCUCAGUAGGCUUGAUUCCACACGGGAUGUCGAGCUCUCUCGACGCCGACCACGUCCUGGAAGCUGCAUCUUUGUGCAACUCAAGCAAGCCCGAUCUGUUCGGGCCUAUCACGCAAAGAUGCAUACUGUAAGCUCUCGUUUGGAGGGUGGUCGCAUAGGUGCCUUUCCUGUGGGAGCAACCCCAGAGAUGGGGUUGCGCUCCGUUUUCGGGACCGGGAGCGCAACACGACGGGCGAAAGGGAACGUACGGCUCGUCAGAUGGAGAUGGACCUCGGAAAAUGUGGCCUGGGCAAGUCGCAGCUGGGAUAGUGUCGAAUUGUGGGUGCGAUGUUCAACGAUGCAGGUACCAGGGCCAGGGCCCAACGGCACGGCUCAGCGUCGGGAUUUUCAGGUGCUCUUGCAGGAAGGCGCGAAGGCACUGGCUAUUCUUGCUCGGUACACGGUUGGGGAGCUGAAGUGAGCUGAGGUGGUGCUUGAAAACGGCACAUUCGCUGGACUAGGCCGUCGAUAUUCGCGGCAGGGAGAGGCGCGCGAUGGACAGGCGCCAAAGCCACCACCGUGGGAACAUGGCGCCUGAACAGUCUAAAGCAAGCG